AUGCCCUCCCUCCCCACCCUCCUCUUCCUCACAGCCCCAAUCUCAUACUUCACCCUCGAAUACCUCACCUCCCGCGCCACGGCUCAGCCCUACAGCUACAUCCGACAUCACACAAGUCUCCUUGCCUACCCCUACCCUUUCAAAGACAAAGACACACAUCUCCCCACCCGUUCUCCCCGAGCAUACUGGAUGAAAGCAAACUUCAUCCUCAACGGUCUCUUUCAUCUCACAGGUCAACUGCACUUUAUCAAUGGUCAAUUCCUCCUCACGCGGAAGAUCCUCGCAUGGAUGUAUUGCAUCGGCAUCACUCUCGUCGCCGUGGACUCUGGAGAUGCCAGUACGCCGAGGGGGGAGAAGAAGCAAUCUCCAUGGCAUGGUCUAGGGGCUGUUAUGGCGAUUCUCGCAGGGAAUUUAGGGAGUGUUUUAGCUGGGUUGGGGAGUGGAGAGGAAGGAGGGGUGUAUCGCGGGUUAAGCAUGGGAUUGGGAGGGGUGGGACUCGUGGGAGCGGUGCUUUCGGGGGUGUUUGUUGAUGGGAGGUGGAGGGGGAUGUGGCAGAGGAGUGCGAUUUAUCCCAUUGCGAUGUGGAUGGGUGUUACUGGGGUAACGUUGAUGGGGAGGAUCUAG